AUGCUUCUCAGCAAAGCCUUUCUCGCGCUUGCAUGGGCCGCGACAGCCGCCUAUGCCAUUCCAGUCAACGGGUAUGAGAAUAUGGACGAUACCACUACACCAGACCCGUCCGGAGAGGCAGCGUCCGCAGAUGGCGGGCUCCAGCGCUUCGAGCUUGUCACCGCUCAUGUAACCCCGGGGUAUAGUCUUGCUCGCUCCUCGGCUCCCUACUACGUGUAUGACCCGACGGCCGAUGACAGCGAUGGGACCCAAAAGAUAACCAAAGAUACGAUCAAAGCUCUCAAGGCAAAGAAAAUCAACCAUGUCAUCAGCGCGAAUUCCCAGGCCAAUAACACAGAGUUCGUAAGAGCUUUUGAGCAAGCUGGGAUUGCCUAUACACCUAUACCCGUCCGAAACUGGACCUCGCCAACAGAGCAUCAAUUUCAACAAGCCUGGGAAGGCUUUCAGAGGCAUCGCGGUGACGGGACUACGCUUGUAUGGUGUGGUUAUGGACACGGGCGGACGGGUGUGGUUAUCACUGGACUACAGAUGUAUAUGGAUGAGGAGAGAGGCCAAUUGGGCCAGUGGUCGCACGCUGACUACGAGGCGAACCAUGUCGAGAGACCGGUACAGUUUGAAGCACUUGACCAUCUCCGGCAACGGCUGAGUGGCCAAAGUGAUUCAUCGGCUCCCGGUUUUCAUCCGGUGGAUGAUGAUGAUAUCCCGUUGCCCGUUCUUGAUUUGUUGGACCACAACGAUCUACCGUUACCCGACCUUGAUGAUAUCGAUAUCGACCAAUUGUUGGCGGGUAACUAUACUGGCAUCGACUGUCCUAUGGAGCUUGAUGAUAUUUUCCGCUACUUCUCGGACCAUUCUGGCGGCCGAAGGUCACUGCCCAGACAAGUAACGCCGGCACCGGUAUCCAAGAAAUCAAAGAAGGAAAGUUGUGACCGCCUUCGUGAGAUUGUACAGAAGAGGAACGUGCCACUGCCCUGCCGCACAAUCAGAAAUAUUCGGCUUAUUGUCAGUUUCGCCAACGAGAAUUACGCCGGAUCCUGGGAUGACAUUGGCGCUACUCUCGAAGGGCCGGCUGGCAAGGCGGUUCUAAAGGUGCACGAUGAACCUUCACUCGGAACAAAAUAUGAGGCAAAGGUCGAUAUGCAGGCCGCAUACAAAAAAGACACCAUCGACAUCGCUGGCAUUACUAACAUUACCCUUAAUGCCAAGGGGCACGACUACGGCCCAGCGUAUCGGAAUGACGAGUUCAAGGUUGAAGGCAUUCAGCUCCUCGCAGACUGUGCUGAUCCCAGCUUCAAGGCCGGCAAUUUGAAGAACAUUUUCAUCAAUACAAAGUAUCAACAUCCAGGAGGCGCGGCGACCAACUAUGGAAAGGACAGAGCCACUGUCGCCAACUUCCCUGUUGUUCCACACGACUGGGGAUUCGCGCCUCCUUGCGCCAAGAUCAAGGGGCUAUCCUACGAGUUUUCGCUCAUGGACGUCACCGGCGGCGGCACAUGGGAUACCCUGUCCAUGACUCUUGGCAAGAGCAAGGAGAUCUUACUCGGCGUGGAACCCAAGUUGGGCAGCACCAAGAAGGAGGCCAUCGAUUUAAAAAAGUACUUUGGCAAAGACGAGAUUGACGUCCGGGACCUGAACGAAAUCCAUAUUCUGGAUGAUAAGGGGAAGAACGGAAACGGAGACGCGUGGUCGUUCAAGGGCCUCGUAUUUGAUGCAGCAUGCGCGCGGAUGGAAAAGAACAUCUCGAUGGUGAAGUUUGCAAAUGUAAACAACGACGACAUCGCGCAUGAUGAGAAGAAUCGAGUAGUUUGGAACGGUCCUGUUGCUCCGACAGACUGGGUGGAGCUUGUUAACUCCAAAGGAUCAUCAGCACCCCCAAAAGACGGUCCAAAACGCACAGGUCUAUAA